AUGCCCUCCCCUCCAGAUCUUGAAGUUCUCGCUGGGAGCAAUAGAAGCCACACCUCUAGUGCUCCCAGCGGAGCAAGUGACGAAUCAACAUCGUGGUCAAAGGCCAUCGCAGAAGUCCCUCAAGACUCCGAAAAGCCCCUUCCAAGUCAGAUUCAGAUGGUUCCUGGUACUGCAACAUCCCCUGAUGAGACGUGUGACAUGCAAGCCGAGAUCAAACCGCUCAAACACCAGGUCCAGGACUCGAAGGAGAGAUACCAAGAAGAGCAAGAAGAAUUUGGAGACGUAUUGGAUAAUGGCCUUGAGUUCGGCGGCUGGAGAACGCGCGAAGUCGAACCACCUGAGAGCCCAUCCACUCGAAGCCAUCAGGUUUACUUCGGCGACAAGACCGAUCAAGCUAUAUCUGUGCAACUGAAACCAGUCGACACUCUCUACUAUGAGCGUGCGCGUAUGCCUCCUCGAAUCAGGCAAUAUUUUCAAGUUCCACAAUUUGAGAGCAAAUCGAUUACUCCAAUGCUGAAUCGUGUACCAUGGGCGAAGUUUCAAGGGCCUCUCGAGGUUACCAGGCAAACCAACAAAUUUGCGAUCGAUGUACUGGUAGGGGAGCCUGAAGUCAAGGUUAUACUCCCCGGGCUUCGGUAUCGCAAUAAAUUCGAAACUGCAAGACACGGGUUCGAAACUAAGGUUGAUACUUCUGAGGCUGCUGUCAAUGCUUCUUCCGCCAAAGUAUCACUUAACCUACGAAAACCCACUGGCAAACUUAUGUCUCGUGGUCAAGGACCACUGCCCGAGCGAAUACGUAUCAACUCGUCAAUAAUUCUGAGAAGUCUCAGCAAGAUCUUCCAAGAGGACGACGUCAACGAUUUUGAGCCAAUUUUGAUGAUGAGACCGUUUAGAAGUCUUGUCUGGUACAAAGACGAAAUUCGAAAGGAGAGAGAUGAACUCGAGGAGCAUUUGAUCAGGGCUCAGAAAAAGUAUGAGAAGGCUCAAGACAAGGAUAAGGCGAAAGAAUCAGCAGAUAAAGAUGGAAAUCCCACCGGAGAGGUUGUCGAUAGCAAGGUCGAACCAUUUGCUGACCAAAAGAGACAAGAGGUUAUUGACGACAAACUGGACGGAGAGGACAAAUCUCCCCAAGGGCCAAUUGAGAAUACCUUCAAUAAUAAUCCAGGGACAAAUGAGAACAUGGAAAAGGCCGAAGAGAACAAGAAUACCAAGGAUGGCUCAGCAAGAGCGAGGCGAAGCAGUCUAGACACCCAGACUUCCGAAGAUGAUCAUCUCCUAUACAAUCAAGAAGCACUAGAGCACCUCAACUGCCUCGUUGACUUCAUUGACCAUGAUCUGGAAGACAAGCUAGAUUUUCUUGCUAGCAAAGAGUGCACAAAGGUUUUCUGGAGCGACAUUUGGCACCUCAUUAAACCAGGUGACUUUGUGGUCAGCAAAGAUGAGAAGCAGGCAUAUCGCGUCAUCCAGGUGAACUAUGCUACGCACAUUAUGAAGCCACCCACGGGAAGAAGCCUCUGGAUGUCCGAGGCAAGGGCCAAGCUUGAUGAUUCGCCCAUCACGAUUCAGUGCGUUCACCUAGACUUUGAUGGAGAACACAUCGGUCCUGUUACACAGACAAUCGAGAUUCAUCGAUACGAAGGCGAAAAGAGCAUUCGCUCUCUCCCCGUCGUCCCGCUUCAAUGGGCCAGUGGCCAUAACUUAAAGGAUAUACUGAUCAAGCGGGGCUCACUAUUUAUAGAAGUAUGUGAUCCUCAACGUCGCGGUAUUCCAAUGCACUACUCAGGACUUUCUCUUGAAACACAAGAAGAAAUCGAUAGCCAAGUUGUCAUUGACUUCGAGGAAGCCUUCAACGCCAACGACUUCGGAGGCAGAACCAAGCCCUCUGGUUGGACGAUCGAAAAGCUUGUUCUCGAACGUUUUGCCUCCGAAAUCAAAGAUGACAUUCAACUGUACCUUCAGGACGUCCAAAGAAACUGGAAGCCUGAGCUCAAAGAUAUAGGUCCGGGCGGUGAUUCUGAUGCAGGUCACCAUUAUGACAGCUCAGAUAGCAUUGAAAUUGCUCGCCGUCGUCGCCGUCGCCAACAGCAAACUUGCCUUCCACAGUGUUGUUCCAAGGAGAAGGUUCACGAUGACAUUUUCGUGGAGCACAACCGGACUAGUGAAUUUGUGCACAGUCAGUUUUGGGAGACUGGUAUGAGUGAGGGUAUGCCGUCACUUACGAUUGCGGCAAGAUCUCUGAGAGAGGCAACGGAGGAUGAGGGUUACAUAACUGAUGAGGAUAGGUUGAUUAUAAGUUAUAGGGUUUUUGGAUUUAUCAUGAGGAGCAGGAAGUGGACCAAGCUCGACUUGACCUACCUCGGCCCCAUGAAGGAUCAAAACACAUUUGAUUUACUCAUCCUACCACCUGGACACAGGGCAAUGGUGGAAAGUCUGGUGACGCAGCAUUUCUUGGACAAGGCUUCCGCUUACGAUGAAACGGAUGAAGUUGAUAUUGUCCGCGGAAAAGGGAAAGGCUUGAUCUUGCUCCUGCAUGGAGCUCCUGGGGUUGGAAAGACGACUACAGCAGAGUGUGUUGCGACAUACUUCCGCAAACCUCUGUUCCAAAUCACUUGCGGAGAUCUAGGGUCUACAGCAGAUGUAGUCGAGAGCCGUUUGGAGAAGAACUUUGCUCUUGCUAGUCGAUGGGGAUGUAUUCUGCUUAUUGAUGAAGCAGAUGUAUUCCUUGAAGCUCGGCAGACAGAGAACUUUGAUCGCAACAGUCUUGUCGCAGUCUUCCUUCGGACACUCGAAUACUACACUGGCAUCCUGUUCCUAACCACCAACCGCGUAGGCACCUUUGACGAGGCCUUCACGUCGCGUAUUCACAUCAGUUUAUACUACCCCCCUCUCAGCCAAGCCUCCACCCUUGCCGUCUUUAAGGUCAAUCUCACACGCAUCCAAGCCCGCUUCGAGAAGAAGAAGGAAAGAGGAGAAGCUGAACUUGAACUCGACGAACUCUCGAUUAACGAAUUCAUCCUUGACUACUUUGCAGAGAACAAAGACGCACGCUGGAACGGUCGUCAGAUCCGCAAUGCCUGUCAGACGGCUCUUGCCCUAGCUGAGUUUGAGGGCCAGAAGCUAGCCAACCCAGAUGCCAGCGACGGCCGGAACGUUAUGGAAAUAGCGGCAAUGUCAAGGAAGAAGAUCAAGGUCAAGUUGACAAAGAAGCACUUCAAAGAUGUGGCAAACGCAUAUCUGGCGUUUAUGAAGUACCUUCGAGAGGUACAUGGGUUCAGUGCCGCACAACAAGCGAAGAACUUCCGCCUUAGGCAUGAUCGAUGGGGCCUUGGCGAGUCUGCAAGCCUCCUAGCAUCAAGGCAGAGGGCGUAUGCGGCAGACGGUAGGCCAAACUAUGGGCAGCGAUACGGUCCGAGGCCAAGCGGAAGACAUGAGCAGCAGAUGAGAGAACAAAGGUAUCGACAUGAGCAGUACAUGGAUGAUGAAGACAUUAUGUUUGAAUACGGAUAUGCCGAUGGCUAUCACGGGCACGAAGACGAUCAAGGGCUUAUGCAGGACGAUGACGAUGGUAGGGACUUUGAGAACGGACCCUCGUUUGAUGAGGAUGACGAUUAUGGCGAGGUCCAUGAAGGCCGUCCUGCCGCGCGAGGCAAGCAACCAGCGCAGAACUAUGACCAAGAGUUUGGGGAUCACAAGUACUACCCCGACGACCAGCAGGAAAUAUCCAAGUAUCGACGACGUCCGUCUCAACCAGGGCGACAUACGGCCCGUGGUGGAAAUCGGGGAAGAGGCUCCGGCCGCGGUCAACAAGCGUCGACAAAGGGUGACCACAUCCCCAAGAGGAGAGCGAUGCCAGGGGCAUCCAGAAAGACACUUCCUGACGAGGCUGAUUAA